AUGAAUUGGACGUUCAGCGAAUAUUAUGUAAAUGAAGAUUCCCAUCCGGAUAAUGCAAAGUUUCAGGAACUAGCUAUACAACUUGAUAAACUAUUAAUUUUCUCCAAUCCUUUUACAUUUAUUUUUUCCUGUUUCGGAUUUCUAAUUAAUAUUUUCCACCUCAUCACAAUCACUAGAAAAUCACUGAGAGCCAAUAGUGUAUACGUUUUAAUGAUUGGAAUUACUUCGAGUGACUUAUAUACCAUGUUUCAUAUUAAUUAUGUAUACAUCGAUACAAUUAUAUCUACUUACUUACAUAAUAAAAUGUAUGAAGGCUACAAAUGUUGGUAUAUUUCAAGAGUUACUCAUGGGUAUUUCCAUGUUCUAUGUGAGCUUUUGAUGAGAGCUCUUGGAGAUAUUCUCCGUCGACUUUCCACGUGGCUUGCUCUUUUUAUGGCUUUAUUUCGUUUUCUGAUUAUCCAGUUUUCAAUGAACGCCAAAUUCAAUUUCGUUUCCACACCAAAAUUUGCCUUAAAAACUAUCAUAGCAACAUUCCUGAUAAGCUUUCUUCUUACCUUAUUUGCAUAUAUUGGUCAGUACAGGGUAGUAGAAGAUGGAUUGCAAGCCAGUUUAUAUUGUGAAGAACCACUAGAUUUUGAAGUUCCACAUACAUAUAUUGUUGGAAAUAGUCGAAUAUUCGAUGAUUAUUGGCCCGUUGUUGUAAAGUAUUCGUUGAUGUCCGAGGGUAUUACAAAAAUCAUACCGGCUGUAACUCUUCCAUUCUUGACUAUAGGCUUAAUUAAAUGCCUCCAUGAAGCUUCACGCGCACGACAAAAACUUAACAGUCCACAUAAAAACGCUUCAAAUGAUAAAUCAGUGAAAAUGGUUGCCAUAAUGACGAUAUUCUCAAUGAUCGCAGAAAGUCCAAGUGGAAUUAUUCAUACUUACCAAUUCUUCUACUACGACUAUUCGUCUAUUAUAACGUGUGUAAAAAGUCUUGACAAACUAUUUAUAAAUCUAUCUAUUCUAAAUGCCAUCGUCCAUUGUGUGAUCAGUUUCCGAGUGUCUACACAGUAUAGAGAGGUUGCUAAGAAACUUUUCAGCUUUAAAAAUAUCCGAAGAACAGAGGCAAUUGCUAUUAAGAACUCUAUACAUGCAGUCGAGACAUUUACAUCUUUUGGUAAAUCAAGUUCUACAAAAUUUGUAAUUGAAUAG